CUAGGCCCUUGUCCUCCCUGGCUCUUCUUUUCUUUCCCUAUGGCAAUAAUUAGGAGAUAGAAAACUUAAUAGGGAGGUAAGUACAUGCAGGCUGUGAUUCAGUAUGGGAAGAUUGUGUCCUGGUUGGAGAUGGAAUAUGGUUUAUCAGAAAAGGAAUCGAAAGCCUCUGAAUCAUUUCUGCUCGCCGCCUUUCUCAACCUGGCCAUGUGCUACCUGAAGCUUAGAGAGUACACCAAAGCCGUCGAGUGCUGCGAUAAGGCCCUUGGACUGGACAGUGCCAAUGAGAAAGGCUUAUACAGGAGAGGGGAGGCCCACCUGCUCAUGAACGAGUUUGAGUCAGCCAAGGGUGACUUCGAGAAAGUGUUGGAAGUGAACCCCCAGAAUAAGGCUGCACGACUGCAGAUCUCCAUGUGCCAGAAGAAGGCCAGGGAGCAUAACGAGCGGGACCGCAGGGUAUACGCCAACAUGUUCCAGAAGUUUGCAGAGCAGGACGCAAAGGAAGAGGCCAGUAAAGCAAUGGGCAAGAAGACUUUAGAAGGAGUCACCAAUGAAAAAGGAACCAAAAAUCAAGCAAUGGAAGAAGAGAAACCUGAAGGCCACGUAUGACGCCACGCCAAGGAGGGAAGAGAGUCCUCGUGAUCUCGGCCCCUCCUCAACGGGCUUUUACCCAACUCAGGACUGAACAGUGUUUAGUGUAAAGUUUGUUAUAGUCUAUGUGAUUCUGGAAGCAAAAGGCAAAACCAGUAGCUUCCCACAAACAGCCACCCUGCUGCUGCCCAGUGGGUUCAUUGAGGGGUGGCACGGGACCACUCCAGGUGGAAAAAAGCAGAAAUGACCGUUGGUGUGGAGAGAUUGAGCCAACAGCCUAAGUCCAGCUCAUUUCAGUUUAUGUCAACUUUCAUAUCCAGUUCAGGGUCCCUUGAAAUAAUUCUAACAAUUUGGGGCUGUCUGUUAAGUUUUACAUUUGAACUUCAACAGCACUGCAGAAACCUGUAAAAAAAAUUGCUUAAUGAAUUUCUCCUUUCGUACAGGUGGGUGGGGUGGGAGAAGGAGGAUGAGGUUUUGUUUUUUAACUGACUGAAGUGCUAUGAAUGCAACUUGUUGCAUUUUUAAUCAACAGAAGCCACAGUAGAAGAGGUUAGUGUCCCCUCAGUCCCACAGCAGUGUCACAGACUUGAAAGCCAGAACCUCAGAGGCCACUUGCUUGCUGACUCAGCCACCCCACACUCCCCCCCUUAGCAGCUUCCUGGUGAGUGAGAAUGGGUUUCUGUCACAGCCAGCCUGUCCCUGGGGAGUCAUUCUGUCAUUCCUAAAACACCCUUCAGCAGUAAUCACGAGCAGACGGGAGUUUCUGGAUUUGCUUUUCCUGUUUUGGAUGACAUUCUGAGAUGCUGAAAUGUGAAAAGAGCAAUCAGAAUUGUGCUUUUUCCCUGCUCCUUUUAGGAAAUAACAUUGAAACUUCCUGCUAGCACCACCACUGUUCAGCUUCCUAUUUCCAUUCUAAUCCUUGCUAUUAAGAAUUUAAGACUCAUUCUUGCAAUAUUGGAUCUAUUUACAUAUCCAUUUAGGAUCCAUGAAGCUUUUUUUUUUUUUUUGGUCUUUUUAAAAUUACUGGCCCAUAAAGCAUAUGUAUACUGGUUUAUGAAACUUUAUUUACACUCCUCUAUCAUGCAAAAUAUUUUUUUGACUUUUUACUACUAAGUAGCUUAAUUUUAAAAAGAGAAUCCAUGGGGUUAACAAAUAAGUAGUUGCUCUUCUGCAUUAAGGAUUGUAUCUGCAGGCUUGAAAUGCAGUCGCUUUCUUUUCCCGACCUGGUAGCUUCUCUGUUCUGGUGUGAAUUGUGAUAGAGUUGAAAGCAGCAUCCCAUGGAGGUACAUCCAGCCUCAGCCUCCAGUUCUUGAGCAUUGAACUAGAGCAAAUCUUAAAAUGAAUAUGUACAUGGAGUCGAACUUCAGUCCUUACGGGGGGACAUGAUUGUACAUGGCUCUCUAUUCCCACAGCUUGAGAAACACACAUGGGAAUGCACAUGGCAACCCAAAGAACAUUCGCUUAAACCCAGAACAUCUCACUGUUUUGAAUCCUAAAAGCACUGGCAGUUAUAUUUUAGAUUCAUUAUUAUUUUUAUGGUGGUUUUAGCAAAAGACAUUCACGAUUAGGUUAGGACCCACCUUAAACCUAAAAAUUAAGUCAUUUCCUUUUAUACUGGUUUUCUUGACCGUGGAACAAAUGGAUUAAAUUGUGCGCUUUUCCUUCAAUGAUAACUAAAACCCCUCUAAUUUCUCAUUUAUGCUUUUGUCUUUUUUCAUGAAAUAUUUCCUUUAAAAGCGCCAAUCUUAUCUAGGAAAUAUGAACAGCAAAAGUUGAUUUUGCUUAUUUGCUAAACUGUUUGAUGUGUGAAGCUCCGUUGACUAGAGCAUGUUUCCAAUAAAUUCAAGACUGAGGAUGUUCCUAAGGCCAGUUAACGUUUGGCAGGUAACCAACAAGAAAACAAUUCCAAAAACUCAGAUGAUCCUAGCCAGCUGUCUCCCAAGUGUAUAUCAUGGGUCACUAGGAGCUGGGGAGAGGAGAGGAGGAGUGCAUGAGUGCAGGGUGCCCGUUCCACACCAGAAGACACUUCACAUAUUCUUGUCUCAAACUCAGUCACCUGACACAGUUUGGUAGAAAUCAGCAAAUGUCUUUGAACCACCUUUUAGACUGCUAUGGAUUGGUGAGUCAGCAGAUGAUGAAUUAAAAACGAAUUGCUUUUUUUAAAAAAAAAUCAUUUAGAUGCACUUUUUUGGUGUUCUUUAAAUAAAUCCAAAAAACAAACCUGA